AUUACAAAAAUUAAAAAAAUAAAUUAAUUAAAAAUUGCUUUAAUAAUAAUGGACACAAUAAAAGAAGAUGUACCAGAAGACAAAGAAUGCCCUAGUGAGCCAAUCAUAAAAUCAAUAAACAAAGACACUGUCCACAAAAUUUGUUCUGGCCAGGUGGUCUUAAGCCUUUCUAUAGCAAUGAAGGAGUUAGUUGAAAACGCCAUCGAUGCAGGUGCAACAAUAAUCGAUAUCCACCUGAAGCAACACGGUUCGGAGCUUCUUGAAGUAUGUGACAACGGAAGCGGAGUCCUACCCGAAAAUUUUCAAACUCUGACCCUGAAACACUAUACAUCUAAAAUAAGGGAAUUCAACGACUUGCAGAGUUUGGAAACUCUCGGGUUUCGAGGAGAAGCUCUAAGUUCCCUCUGCGCUUUAUCUGAUUUAAUAAUAACUACAAGACAUCGAUCGCUGGAUAUUGGAACUAAAAUUACUUACGACCACAACGGUAAAAUCACCAGCACAGUACCGAUUGCCAGAGAAACGGGCACAACUGUAACGUUAUCAAAAUUAUUUUCCAGUUUGCCAGUAAGACGAAAAGAGUUUACCAAAAACCUGAAGCGCGAGUUUAAUAAAAUGUGCCAGCUUCUGUACGCUUAUUGCCUAGUUUCGAAAGGUAUAAAGUUUACAUGUUCUAAUACAACAGAUAAAGGUUCAAAGAACGUCAUAGUUAGUACGGAUGGUCAAAAUACAGUGAGAGAGAAUAUCAUAAAUGUUUUUGGUCCUAAACAGAUAUCGGAUUUAAUAAACGUGGAAUUGGUAACACCAGAUGAACAAAUUUUCGCAGAAUUCGGAAUUAAAAUUACUUCAGAACAAACUGUUCAAUUCUCAUUCGAAUUUCUGAUAUCUAGUGUUAUACACGGAACCGGUCGAAGCACUACUGACCGGCAGUUUUAUUUCAUCAAUAACAGGCCGUGCGAAUUGACAAAAAUAAUGAAAAUCGUUAACGAAGUGUACAAACAGUUUAAUUCCCACCAAUACCCUUUCGUUUAUUUGAAUGUUAUUACCAAGUCUGCUCUAGUAGAUGUAAAUAUCACGCCGGAUAAAAGGCAGGUUUUCAUCGAAAACGAAAAAAUACUUCUAGCCACAGUUAAAGCGUCUUUGCUAGCAGCUUUCAAGCAGUUUCCUUCUACUUUUAAAUUGCAAAACGCAGAUGUGACUAGUUUUUCUCAGCAGGAAAGAGGAUUGAAACGAAACUUUACAGAUAGUUGUUUACAGAAAAGCACCAGUAUGUUGCAUACUUUCAGAAAAAAGUCUAAAACCACUAGCAAUAUACCAGAAACGAAAUCUAACUUACUAAAUUUUGUUGAAAUCAAACAGCAAGAAGAAGUAAUUGAAAAUGUAUCAAUUUUUGAUAAAAUUGCUGAUAAAGAGGAUCUAAAGGAGUCUCAAAAACAACUAGAUAAUCUAAUAGAAUUGGCUUGUAAUUUAGUAAAGGAUGAUAAUGAAAAAAUCGAAUUAAAUACAGAUAAAAUUAAAACAGAAGACUUGGAAAUUAGUCUCGACCAACCGAAGGAAACUUCCAAAUAUCGAAAAUCUGUACCUUUUAACAUAUCAUUGGAUCAAAUAAAAAUGUGCCAAGACAAGCAAACUUCGUUGAAUGAGAGUAUUAAAAUCAAAUUUCGGUCUGAAAUAAAAUCCGAACAAAAUAAAUCUGCCGAGGAAGAACUGCAAAGGCACAUUCAAAAAUCGGAUUUCAACGAUAUGAGCAUCAUAGGCCAGUUUAAUAAAGGAUUUAUCAUCACGAGACUGAAAGAUGAUCUUUUCAUAAUCGACCAGCAUGCCAGUGAUGAAAAAUACAACUUUGAAAUGCUCCAAUUGAACACAGUAGUCGAUUCGCAAGUAUUAGUAAAUCCCAAACCUUUGGAAUUAACUGCUGGAAAUGAAGAUUUGUUAAUAGAAAAGGUCGAGGUUUUUAAAAAAGUAGGAUUUUCUUUUAAAAUCGAUACUGACGCUCCUUGUACGAAGAAAAUAUCCUUAACAUCGAUACCUAUCAGUAGAAAUUUCGUUUUCGCUAAAGAUGAUAUCGAUGAAAUGCUAUUAAUGUUACAGGAAUCCACUAACGGUAUUUGCAUUCCAAGUAAACUGAAAAAAAUGUUUGCAUCCAGGGCUUGCAGAAAAUCCGUAAUGAUUGGAAGAGAUCUGAGUAAAGCAGAAAUGAAAAAAUUGGUAGAACAUAUGGGAGCCAUUGACCAACCAUGGAAUUGUCCCCACGGAAGACCAACUAUGCGCCAUUUGGUUAAUUUACGUUUGUUAGAAUCCAAUGAAUAAUUUUUUUAUGUUUUUAAGUUUUAUGAAAAAAUA